AUAUUCCUUAUAAUAGUAAAUCGUAUACUCAACACAUCAAAAUUUUUAUACAUUAAAUUUCUCUAUUUAAACUGUUUUUCUGAUUAUGGAACACUCAAAAUUCAAAAUAAUCUUCAAUUUAACUCAAAUACAUGCCUUAUAUUUGAGGGUUGAAGUAACUCUAAGGAUUACAUCACUUAUGUGUACAUUCUCACCCAAACAAAUGCGAUUUUUUCAGAGUAAUGAAUAAAUCUAAAAGGUUCUAAAUAAAUUAAAAUUGGGUUUAAUUUAAAAUAGGCUGAUUAAACAGUAACUAAUCUAGAAAUAGGAUGAAUUAAGUUUUAAACAAAUAAAACCUGUUUAUUAUCCAUUUAUUAUAAUGAAUAAUAAGAAAUACGUUUGACUUUUGUAUAUAAAAAUUUUUUAAAGUUUUAAACUCUAAUAAUGAGUGGAAUCCUUGGAAUGGAACUCCAUGGCCUUAAAUGUAAAUCCAAACUUGGCAUAAUGGAUUCCCGGGAUAAAUCUAGAGUAAUUGUAAAAAUUAAGGAGUACAGGGAAAAAAUAAAAAUGUAAAAAUGGAGAUGAAGCUACACACCCUGCAGCUUACAAAUGUGUUGGGUUGAAACAUGUGUAAACUGGAGAGGAUCUAAACCGGUUUAGGUGGUUAAAGAAAUUUCAAAUAUAAAUAAAACUAUUUAACUGGUCGAUAGAAAAAAAGGAUGCGAAAAUUUUUGAAAAUUAUCUGUACUUACACCCCACCCAGGAAGUACAGGCAAGAGGAAAAAAAUAGGAGACGGUGUACAAUAAUUAGUAAAUUUUAGUUUUGUUUUGAAAUUUUAUAAUUUGUUAUUAAAUUCCAAUUUGGAUUCUUAAAAUUUAAUAGAUAUUACUUGAUUAUUUUGAUCAGUUGAAAUCUAUUCAACAAAAAUUUUUUUGUAUUAUAGCCUCACUUUAUUGUAAAAUAUUUUUAGAUUAAUAGAAUGAAGGUUAAAACGUCUAAAUCGUUGAUUUGUGAAGCAGCUAUUGGAGCUCUUGGAGCUUUGUGUUUCGGAUUGACAGUCGCUGCCCUUAAUACUACCAAGGAAUUUGCCAUAGUGGAUAUGGAAUGGUGUAAAGGAGAAACCGAUAUUUAUGAUUGUCCAAAGUCUCAGUUGUUCGCUGGUCUUUCCAAUGGUUCAACUUUCAUUGGAGCAGCUUUCGGUUCACUUCUGAUUGGUUUAUCUGGAGGAAUAGGAAGGAGGGUCACAUUGAUGAUAGUUAACUGGUUCUUUGUUGUAGGAUGUAUAUUAUCUACUGCAGCCGUAAAUUUUGCUAUGCUUUUUAUUGGUCGUUUGAUUUCUGGAUUCGGAAUUGGUCUGGCUGCUGUUAUACCGGUAUUUUUGGUUGAAAUAUGUCAUCCUAAGCAAAGAAAGUACUUUGCUGUGAUAUACCAACUGUUCAUUACCUUUGGUUUACUGAUUUCGGCAGGAUGGCAAUUGGCCCAUGGUCGUGUUGUAACUAAUGUUCUUCAGGAUGGAGUUACUCCUUUUAAACUUAGUAUAUGGGAUAAGAUUGUAUGGCGUGGUACACAGUUCUUACCAGUGUUUUGUUGUAUAGCCUCACUAGUCUUAAUUCACUUCGUAGUUCCAUUUGAUACACCCUAUGAAUUGAUUUCAAAGGGUAAAACAGAAGAGGCUCGUGAAGUCAUCGAAAAACUUCACGGAAAAGAAGAAGUAGAUGAGGUAUAUGAUGAAUUCGAUAGAGACCAAGAAGUUGCUAAAUCAACACCAAGUAUACCACUGUUGAGGGCAUUUAAAACACCAAAGUAUAGGAAGGUCAUUAUUCAUGCAUUUGUAUUGGCAGCCAUCCAGCAAUUGGUGGGAAUUACUAUUUUAACCUCUAACGUUGCAAAGAUAUUCACCAAGGUCAUGGGCAGGAAUUAUGGAUCUACAUUGGCAUCAUCCUCCAUGUUUUUAGUUAACUUCAUAUCGACCGUCGUCCUCACCUUUGUCAUUGGUAAAUUUGGAAGAAAAACAUUCUUGGUUUGGGGUAUUGGUUUCUCGACCAUCUUCAUGGCACUGUCAUCCUUCAGUAAACCAAUUGGUAAAGAAGCCUCAUGGGUUCCCAUAGUCUCUUCUAUAGGUUCCUUCGGUUUCAUUAUUGGUUUUGCGUUUGGAUUGGGAGGAAUAGUAUGGGUAUAUCUCUCUGAGGUAUUUGCAACUGAAUACAGGGACGGAGCACUGAGUGUUGCCGUUUUCAUCAACUGGUUAUGCGCUUCGCUUACAUUAAUUGCAUCCGAAUUUUUGAUUUCAUACUCAGAAGUUGUUGUAAGUAUAAUUCUGUUUGCAUUCUCAUUGUUCGGUCUCGUCUAUGUAAUCGUAUUCAUUAAGGAGACCAAGGGGGUUCCAAUUGGAAAGGCAUACGAUUAAAUGCAGUAAUAAUUGUUUAAACAGUUAGAAAACUUAACGCAGUAAUGAACAAUUCGUCUUAAUACACAACCUGUAAUGUAGUAUUCCACAUGUUUAAA